AUGAAUCCAAAUAAGAGUUGCCACUCCGAAGCCACUGGUGUUUCAACCAUCAAAGUCGGGGAGCAACUCAACAGCACUUCUCAGCUCGUUUCCCCCAGUAACAUGUUCACAUUAGGGUUCUUCAACUUUUCCCACACAAACGACACUUAUUUAGGAAUUUGGUACACCAAUCAAUCCACAAAAGUAUGGGUAGCCAACCCAUCCACACCCAUCAUUUCCCGCUCUAGUGUCCUCAGGAUCAAUCCUGCCACAGGGAAACUGAUCAUCGCCACCGGUGAUACAACCUUUGUAAAUAUCUCCGAUAAUCAAUUUACUCCUGGGUCUAGUUUGACUGCAACUCUUGAAGACACUGGUAAUUUCCAACUGAAGAACGAAACUGACAACCAGACUCUGUGGCAGAGUUUUGAUCAUCCAACAAAUGUUCUUCUACCAGGUAUGAAACUCGGGGCAAACCUUAGAAAAGAACAGAGCUGGAACUUAACUUCUUGGUUGUACGAUGAUAUCACUCCUGGUACUUUUACUUUGAGCUGGGAAGCCAUUGAUGAAGCAUCUCAGAGAUUUAUUAUUCGAAGACCUACUGGACAAGUGGGAAUCUAA